AUGGAAAAAAUGAAUAUACCAAAUGAAGAAACUUUGAAAAAGGUUAUUUUUGAUUUACAAGAACCAGUAGUGUUUAAUAAUAUUUUACAAGAUGACAAUGGCAAAUUUAUAUGGAAAUUAUUACAAUGGAAUUUAUCAGAACUCGGUAACAAAUUUGGUGAUAUGAAAUUACCAUUUCGUGUUGGAUAUAAUUCAAAAUCAAUGCAUCCACAAUGGGAAAAACAAUGUCUUAUUGAAACAAUGACAUUUAAUGAAUUUUUAGAAAAAUCCAAUUCUUCUGUAAAUAAUAAUAAAUGGUAUUACUUUGAUUAUAAGUAUAUGCAUGAAUGGAUACAGGAUAAGCCUGAUUUAUUAAAUUCCUUAAAUUGGCAUAGAUUUGGUAUUGAAAAAGAUGGUCACGAUUCUACGCUUUGGAUUGGAAACAAAGGGGCACACACUAAUUGCCAUUUUGAUUCUUACGGAUGUAAUUUAGUAGCACAAAUUCAUGGCAGAAAACAAUGGAUAUUGUUGUCGCCAAAUUGUACAAAUGAACUUCAUCCUACAAGAGUACCAUAUGAAGAAUCAACGAUAUACAGCGAGUACAAUUUUUUUGCUCCGACUAUUGCAGAAGAAGAAUCGAUAUUAAAACUUUCAGGAAAAGUUAAAUCUAUUGUACUUGAAAUGGGAGAUGUUUUAUUAGUUCCAAAAGGUUGGUGGCAUUAUGUAGAAUCCUUGAAUUUGACUGUAAGCGUCAAUGUAUGGUUACCUCUACAGACGGACAAUGAAUCACGCCUUAAAGAAGCGCUUGUUCAAUUAAUUAUUAACAGAAUUGGUAAAAAAGUAUGUGACAAUCGUGAAGAAACACAUUGUUCUCUUUCUGAAAGUAUGAAAAUUUUGGAGAACUCUCUGUUAGAAUGUAAAAAGACUGAUACAGAAAAGUUGUCAGAUAGAAAAAGAUUCAAACAAAUGGUAUGGACUGCUGAGGAAUUAUCAUUAGAAUAUCCAUACUUUGUUAAAUUACUUCCUAAUUUGGAACGAUCAGAAUUACAAGAUUUAUUACAAUUGAAAAGGGAAAGAUUUUUAACGAACAUCGACGAGAUACAGGAAACAAAUAUACCUGCACCCACGACUUCUAUUAAUAAUACACAAUUAUGCUCUCAAUUAUCAAAAGACAUUGUCAAUACAUUAUGUCAUCCAGAUAUUAUUGAUAAAGUAGCAGAUUUACUUUUAAAAACUCGUUAUGGAAAUCAAUAAAAUUGUUAGUCAUAUAUA